UAUGUCAAAUACUCGACUCACGCGAGCGCAAUGUUUUUGUAAUUUAUUUACUUCAUAAAUAAGCAGUUAAUAAACUUAAUAAGUGUUAAUUAAUCAAUUAUUUAAGUUAAGAAAUAAUUGUGAAUAAGUGAUAAAUGCGUUAACAAUGUCAGAAGAGGAUGAAAACUUGCAUCGUUUGGCGGGAUCUUCUGGGGAUGCUCCGGGCGGUCUUAUAAUCAAAAAGAAAGAUCCUCCAGCGGAGUUUCAGUUUGCCAAGCCUUCGUUGUUAGGGUUAGAUAAGCUGGCAGCAGCCAAACGUAAGCAGAACCGGCUAAUAUCGUUCCAGGACGAUACGAACGAGGAUGAUGGUGAUGACAGUAAGUCCGAGGCCAGUAGUUCAAAAGAACGUAAAUACAGAAAGCAUAAUGAGGAAACACCAACUUACACCGGUGGUAUAUCAGAGCAAGCACGAGAACGCAUGCUUGAGAGAUUACAGAAAAGAGAAAAAGAAGCAAAAGAGAAAGGUGUACAUCAUUCAACACAAGAAGAAAAGAAAUCACGGUCUAAAGAUGAUGAGGAUGAUCGUUACUACCGUUAUCGCUAUGACAGGAGGGACCGUGAUCGUGAUCGCAGAAGGGAUGAUAGAAGGGACAGGGACCGUGAUAAAGAUAGACGUAAAGAUGGAAGAGACUCGGAACGGAGUUAUAGAGACAGUGACAGGAGAGGAGAAAGUUCUAGGAGGAGUAACUAUGAACCGAGGUUUAAAGAUGAGCCUAGGACUCCUAGCAUGAAAGUCCUAAAACCAACGGACAAGACAGCCUGGGAUGACGAUGACGAUGAUCCCAAGGCUCCUAUACGUAAGUCCAGUUGGGACUUCCCAACUCCACUGACUCGGGACGGUGGUGAUCGGUCACAGAGGAGUGAGAGGAGUGGAAGACCACUGAGGGAUUACAAAGGAAGAUUGUAUGAGAAUACACCGAGAGCUUCACCUCAUAAGUUCGCCAGUUCGAGGCGUGGAGUUGAUAUUGAUGACCCAGAGUGGGAGGAGGCUGAGAAGAAACUGGACCGAGCUUGGUACAAUAUGGGUGAAGGUGAAGCGGACGAGUCAGAUCCUUUUGCCGGCACAUCAGCAGACUACGUAGCUCGCAAGGAGGAACAAAUAGAGAAACGUAGAAACAGGAAGGUCUCCGCUCAGAGACAACAGAUUGACAAGGACAAUGAACUCUGGGAGCGGAACAGAAUGCUCACCAGUGGUGUCGUACAUGCUAUCAAUGUUAAUAAUGACUUGGAUGAGGAGAGCGUGGACCGCGUGCACCUGUUGGUCCACAACAUCGUGCCUCCGUUCCUGGACGGCAGGAUCGUCUUCACCAAGCAACCGGAGCCCGUCAUACCUGUAAAAGAUCCGACGUCAGAUAUGGCGAUGAAUGCCCGCAAAGGCUCAGCUCUCGUGAAGGCGUUCAGGGAACAGAAGGAAAGAAGGAAAGCGCAAAAGAAACAUUGGAAGUUAGAGGGAACUAAAAUUGGUAACAUCAUGGGCAUACAGAAGAAGGAGGAGGAGAUGGAGGACGGUCCCACUAAGGACGCUUACAAGUACGCUGAACAUAUGGACAAAGACGCUCCGGAAGUGGAAUCGAAGUCAGAUUUCGUGAAGAAGAUGACGAUCGCUGAACAACGUCGGUUCCUCCCGGUGUUCGCAGUCAGAGAGGAACUCAUGCAGGUCAUCAGGGAAAACAGUGUCGUCAUCAUUGUUGGUGAGACGGGCAGUGGUAAGACGACCCAACUGACGCAGUACCUGCACGAGGAGGGGUUCAGUCGCCUCGGGACCAUCGGCUGCACCCAGCCACGUCGUGUCGCCGCCAUGUCUGUCGCCAAGCGAGUCUCUGAUGAAAUGAAUACUAAACUCGGUGACGAGGUGGGCUACGCGAUUCGUUUCGAGGACUGUUCGUCUGCCAGCACGGUGAUCAAGUACAUGACGGACGGCAUCCUGCUCCGCGAGGGGCUGCGCGAGCCCGACCUCGACAACUACUGCGCCAUCAUCAUGGACGAGGCCCACGAGCGCUCGCUCUCCACCGACAUGCUGUUCGGACUGCUCAGAGAGGUCAGUGAUUUGCUUUUACAGGCCUAUGGGACUAAGAACCUGUGGCUUUCUUAG